ACGUCACUGCACGACGCUAAAUUCAUGUUGUUUAAUGUUUCAUGUUAUUUCUGUUUUGGCUGACUUUUCAGUUUUCUAAUUUCUUCCACAAUAAAUUCUUUCCUGGGCUUUCUCUGCCUUUUCAUUAGACAUUUAUUCCUCAGUUUGCAAGUUGUGGAACAGCCGGAACUGGUACAGUUUUCUAGAUUUUGUUUAGUUGGCGAUUCUGCAGAAAUGACGCCGAGUGCGCGCUGGAUGGGAGCGACAUGGAGAACAGUGGCCAGUUGCGUGCAUUUUAACUGCGGAAUAUUUCGCCACAACAGCAUCGUAAUUACUGCGCCGCGGAAUUUCUCUGUGUCAGCGUGCCAGCGACUCUUCGCUAAGGACUCCCUGGGACUCGACAGAUACGAAGCGGACCGCGUUGCGACGGCCACCCAACUCGACACGAGGGAAGAGGUUUUCAGGAAACGAAUGGAGCAGUAUUUGACGACUAACUCCAAUUUCUUUAACGUCACCGUGACGGAAGACCUGAAGAAGAUGUGCUAUCUGGCGCAGGACGAUAAGGAUCUGCAGAUCAUCAAUAAAAUGCUGAAAAAGUAUGUGCAGCAAUAUGGACGAUCGCGCACUGGUUCGUUCGUUUUCGGCCCGCUUCUUAUGCGUCUGCAUUAUCAUCUCAAUAAACCCGAAGCCGCUCUGUCUUCCAUUCAGGAUCCCGUUUUGGCGGAGGUGUACGACCAGCUGACGUCGUACAUGGUGGCCAUGAAUCUCCUGUACAAUCACCAGCGCUACAACGACGUGGUGCAGUUGUACACAUACAUGCUGCAGCGUCCCUUCAUCGCGACGAGAUUCCCCCGCGAAAAUCUGGCGCUGGCCUGCGCGGCUUGCUAUAAACUUGGGACAGCGGAAGCCUACGCCACCGCCCGCGGGUGGAUACAGGGUGCCGUGGACAAACAGGCGCCGGUUAUGCGUAAAGCGGCGGCCUUCGUGGUGGCUUUAGCGUUGAAAACUAACGAUGCGGCGGGCGCGUUGGAGCUGCAGGGUUCCUUUCACAGUCACCAAUCCUACAUGUCCAGCCGCAAUCUGCGCGUGCUGGCGCUGACCCGACUGGGUCGUCUGGACGAGGUCCUCCCCAUCCUCGGCUGGACCGCCGCGCAGGACAGCGCGGCGAAACGGGCGGGAUUGGCCUUCUUCCAGGAUGUGAUGGCGGAAGUGAAGGCUGCCGUGGCCGUCAGCAACGCCGCGGAGCUGCGGCGGGAAUUCGAGCGGAUCUUCGCCGCGCUGGAGGAGGACGCCGUGGACGCCCAGACCCUGGAGGAGUUCCUGGAGCGGCCCUUCAUGGACGCCAUCGAACGGGCGGCCUUCCAGAGCCAGCGUUCCGAGAACGAGCGCCCACGGACGUACGUCCCACCGUCAGCGGAAGGCAGGCGCUACGGACGGGAUCUGGGUCGGCCGGAACGCGGGCGAUGGUCCGCGGCGGGCGCCGGCGGCGCUGCGGACAGCCGGCGGGACAAUCGCCGGGGAAGCGGCCGGGAGCAUGAGGAUAGCGAUUAUGACUGGGAUCCCGCGGCGAAAAAGGCUCGAUAAUUAUUCUAGGCCUUAUCGGCAAAAACCGGGAUGUCGGGGUCAUCUGCGGUCGGGGGAGCUUUUGCAUCAGAGAAUCAGUAUUGCGAAUUGGCGAUACAACGUGGGAAUGCAGUGCCCGUUGACGAAAUUUUAGAGCAUGUGUUUUUAAUAACGAAAAUGUGUUUUUUCGACCGAUGGGGAAUUUUUUGGGACUUCCGGUGUUGUUUUCUUAUCUGCAGCAAUUUUGUUGUGAUUUUCUUAUUUGAAAUUCUCGGGCUCUGAAGUGUUGCGGAUGGAAAUGACGGUGAAAAAUGCUGUUCGUGACUAUGUAAAAAAUUAUUUAAGAAAACGUGAGA